UUAAGCUUGUUUUAAUUUUUAUUUAUUUAUUUAUUAGCGUAUUAUUGUUUUUUCCAGGUGGAGCUGAAAGUGAAGAUGCUUUUCAGCAAUGUACAAUUGAAAAUCUUGUUGAUGGGAUGGGUCUGCAGCUCAAUCCGGAACUACAAGAGGAAAAAGAAUUCCAAUGCAGUUGCAAGUAUUACGACGGCCAACCAUGUAGCAUUCAGUUUACAGUUGAUGAACUGCAGAAUGUUCGGCUUAGCUUCAUGGAGUUGACACGUGAGGAACUAGAUGUUGCGAUUCUAGCUAAACUUUCAUGUGGAAUGCAUCUUAGUGCAUCAACCUCAAGAUCGCGGAAAAAGGUGCAAACUGAACGUAAGGCUCACCGAACAGAUUUUUAUUUUCAUGGCCACCGUAUUUGCAGAGAUACAUUUAAAUACCUUCACAACAUCGGGCAGAAAAAGCUAAACAACCUGAUGAAGCACUACAAGGAAAACGGUAUCCAGCCACGAGCCCAUAAAAAUUCAAAGUCAGUACCUCGUCAUGCACUGAAGUUGGACGAAUCAAGAGCUGUGGUGGAUUUUAUUUUGAACUAUGCAGAGAUAAACUGUAUAAUACUGCCUGGCCGUGCCCCUAGGCACUGGAGAACCGAUUUGAAGCUUCUGCCCUCCAACUGCAGCAAGCGUACAGUGUACGAUAAGUACUGUGCUGCAGUCGAACUGACUGGUAUGCGAAAAGUUGCAUUACGUACAUUUCAACAUCUGUGGGCAAAGCUUGUUCCAUUUGUUUCAACAAUGCGUCCUGCCACUGACCUAUGUUGGUUCUGCCAAAAGAACUUAUAUAAAAUCACGCGAUCAGUGAACUUGCCUGAUGAAGAGAAAAGUAGUGCAAUAAGAGAGGCAGAAGACCAUCUUGAGAGAGCCAGCAUGGAGCGUAACCUAUAUGUUGGAAUCACCAAGCAAGUAUUAGUCAAUCUCCUACCUGGCAGUGUACUUGGCCCUCAUCCCAUUUGUUCGUACAAUGGCUUGAUGCACUACAGUUUUGACUUUGCACAGCAGGUUCACUACCCCAGUAACCCGUUGCAACCUGGACCUAUUUUCUUUAAGACCCCAAGAAAAUGUCCACUCUUUGGUGUCUGCUGUGAAGCUUUUCCAAAACAAAUUAACUAUCUUAUUGACGAAAGUGUACAAACCGGCAAAGGUGCUAAUUGCGUGAUCUCGCUACUCCAUCACUUCUUCGAACACUAUGGCCUUGGAGAAACAGAUGUGCAUCUGCAUGCAGAUAACUGUGCAGGACAAAAUAAAAAUUCGGUGAUGAUGUGGUAUUUGCUUUGGCGAGUCUUGACUGGUAGGCACAGAUCGGUGAAAAUCUCUUUCCUGCUGACUGGCCACACAAAGUUCAGCUGUGACUGGUGUUUUGGUUUAGUGAAAAGGCUCUUCAGGAAGACAGAGGUGAACUGCCUGGCCGAAAUUUCCGAAGUCGUUAAUGCUUCAUCAAAUGUUAACAUAGCACAGUUGUGUGGACAUGAAAGUGGUGAAGUGAUUGUCGAUACAUUUGACUGGACACAUUAUCUUGGUACUUACUUCAGGAAACUUGUUGGCAUAAAGAAGUACCAUCACUUAACAUUCCAUGAUAAUAAAGUGACAGUUAUGGAAUUUGCAGACAGUGAGGCAAAGGAAAUUGACUUAUUCAAAGGUGAAAUUCCUCCUGGUAGCAUGCCAAACAAGAUUAAGCCAAAAGGGUUGGAUGCCAAGCGUCGCUGGUAUCUGUAUGAUGAAAUUCGUCAGUUUGCAUCUGAGGAAAGUCGGGAUACUAUAGCCCCGCUUCCCCAAGUUCCCAAACCUGGUCGUGGUACAGCUGCUGAAGGUAUUGGAAGUAACUCCAGUGAGGAUGAUGUUCCCCCUCCCCCGAAACGUGGACGUGGCAGGAGCAGAGCUCUUAAUCGAGGUGGUCGUCAGGCUCGAGGCACUGGCCGUGGUACAACCUCAUAAUAUGAGAACUUAUUUAUGUUCAAAGCUGGAGAACUAUCAAUUUAAAUGUAUAUUUGACUAAAUAUCCCUGUCUUGUCAUAGUAUUCAUAGUGAUGGUGGAUAUUAUUGUGCUCAUUUCUAUUUACUGAAAUCGAGGUGGUCAUCGGGCUCAUACUGUAUACAUGUUCAAAGCUGGAGAACUAUUGACUUAUGUUUGACUAAAUAUUCCUGUCUAGUCAUAGCAUUCAUAUUUGGUGUGAGUACUGAUAGUUUCUCAUUUUAUUGAUGGUGGAUAGUGCUUUUUUUUUUUAUUUGGUGUGAGUACUGAUAGUUUCUCAUUUUAUUGAUGGUGGAUAGUGCUUUUUUUUUUUUUUUUUUUUUUUUUUUUUAUUUUUUUUAUUAUUUUUUUUUAAAAGGGGGGGGGGGGAUGUAUAAUGGAGGUUCAAUAUGAAAUUCUUGUCAAUGGCAUAUACUGUUAAAACAAAUAUUACAUGGUUACAGAGUACAGAAUAACUUGGUUGGCAUAUAUUAUUAUUAUUAUUAAUGAAGAUUUCAAGCAAUAAUGAAUCAGGUUUUUUGUGUAAAACUUCGGACUUCAUUUUCGCAAAGAUGGUCCUUUGGAAAAAAUCAUAAUUGUCUGUACAAAAAGUUCAAUAUUUCGGAAAGUUUGCAUCCGAUUUUCAUAAUUAAAACAGAAUUUUGCUCUGUAGAAUGUGCUUUAUCUUAUUCCUUCAAAAACACCUCUUUUUUUUUUUUGACCAUGUGGCACCUUAUGUCAUGCAGCCACACACACAUAUAUAUAUAUAUAUAAAUAUACACACACACACACACACACACACACACAUAAUUGUGUGCAUUAAAUUAUCUGAAUAGUACAUACUGUAAUUAAAAAAUCAAAUUGUCUGCAUCAGUCUAUACACGUCAUAAUUAUAUUUCUAUGGUACUCAGGGGCGGAUUAUUGGAGGUUUCCCAGUUACAUGGAACACCCUCCUCAUCCUCCGCUAAAAAAAGCAACCCCACCACGUAGAUGUAAAUAUUUACACAUUGUUUCGGAAACCUAAAGCAUAAUCUGCCCCUGGUACAACUCCUGAAACGUUUUAUUAAAUUAUAACUCCAUUCCUGAAAGGGAAUAGAAGUCAGACUACACUAAUAAACCAAACAACAUAAAAUUAGA